AUGCACUGGCGAGCGAGCAUGAAAGAUGCAGUAAAAUUAAUGCAGAAAGCCAUUGAGAACCUUUCAACAGGCUUUGACCUCUCGGAUGGAGAAUCGGCCAAUCUUGGGCUGACUGUGGAAGGAGUUGCGCCUGGUGCGUCGCUGCUUCCGCCACCAAACUGUCAGCAGCCCGCCAGUUGA